CUUCUCACUUCACUAUCACGGCUCGUGCUCCGACUUACCGGGGAAAUGGCGGUUCCGAUAACUGAAGCGUUCACUCUAGGGUUCAUAGGCGCCGGCAAGAUGGCGGAGGCAAUCGCCCGGGGCGUCGCCACCUCCGGCACGAUUCCGGCUGCGAGAAUGCGCGCGGCCGACCUCAGUGAGGACCGCCGCCGGGUCUUUUCCGAGCUCGGUGUCAAGGCCUUCGAUUCCAAUGUCAAGGUGGUUGAAGAAAGUGAAGUCAUUAUUUUGUCUGUCAAGCCUCAAGUUGUUAAGAAAGUUGCUUAUGAGCUGAAACCUUUUUUCACGAAAGAGAAGCUUGUGGUGUCAAUUGCAGCAGGAACAAAGUUGAAGGACUUGCAGGAAUGGGUUGGCCAUGGUCGCUUAAUCAGGGUAAUGCCAAACACUCCAUGUCUGGUUGGCCAGGGUGCAUCAGUUAUGUGUUUGGGUGACAUGGCAACACAAGAAGAUGAGAAGCUUGUUAGUAGUAUCUUUGGAUCUGUUGGCAAGAUAUGGACUGCUGACGAGAAACUUCUUGAUGGGGUCACUGGACUAAGUGGUAGUGGCCCUGCAUAUAUAUUUCUUGCUAUAGAGGCUAUGGCUGAUGGAGGAGUUGCAGCUGGUCUACCCCGUGAACUUGCUUUAUCCUUAGCUUCCCAAACGGUACUGGGAGCAGGAGCGCUGGCUAUUGAGAAGGGAGACCACCCAGGCCAGCUCAAAGAUGAGGUAGCAUCACCAGCUGGGACUACUAUAGCCGGGAUCUGCGAACUAGAGAAAGGCGGGUUUCGGGGGUUAUUGAUUUCUGCUGUAACUGCCGCGGCAAAGCGGAGCCAGGAGCUAUCAAAUUGACGAUGAGAUCUUUGCGGAUUUUGGCACAAAUAGCUGUAGUAAGUUGUGUCUCUAGGUCUUAGCUAGGCACCCACUCUAAGGGUAGUAAGUUGUCUCUAGGUCUUAGCUAGGUCUUUAACUAUCAUCUUGGGCGGCAAUAAAUUCUGCGUUUUAUUUGCAACGUAUAUUAUGCUGGACAACUGAAUGGAGAAAUCUUUUGCAGUUCACAA